UGAAGGAGAGACUCUUCAGAGAGAGGAAGGGAGAGAGACGGUUAGGAAGCAGGGGACUCAGGAGAGACUUUUUAUUGCUGUCACACCGCUUAGCGAAAAAGAGGAAAAAAACCAAACCUUCCUUUUUCACUUUUUUUUUCUCCCUCCUCUAUCACCUCUCUUAUAUAUUUUUCCUUUCACUCUCUGUCUGUUGCCUGUUGAGUAGUUGCUCUCUGGCUCCAUCUGCAACAGGAGCAGGAGGAGCGGCGCUGGGAGUUAGAGUCUCCGAGACACUGGUCAGCGGACAGGGGAACGCUGGAGAGACAGAAAGAGCGAGAGAGAGAGAGAGAGAGAGAGAGAAGGAGCGAAAGAGAGAGAGGCGGGUUUGUUUGUUUUUCGGGGGAGAGAGGGAGAGGAGCGCUUAUCUGAAAACGGACAACAGGUUGAGUGGAUGAGAAAGGGAGCAAGAGAGAUAGAGAGAGCGAGAGAGGGGGAAAGAGGGAGGGAACAGGUCAUCCAUCCCAGUGACAUGGAGGGGAGUCAGACUUUAGCCCUCCAGUGCUGUAACUGGGGUUAGCCUCAGCGAGAAACAGUGAGAGAGAGAGAGAGAGAGAAAGAGAGGGAGAAAGAGAGAAGAAGAGAGAAGGAGGGUCCACUGCAUUCUCCUCUUUUGAGCGCGGGAGAGAGCGUGAGGCAAGGGUCCGUAACACUGGAGCUCAAGGACAAGCCAUGGACUCUGCACACUAUCUACAACGCCUGGACGUCCAUCAUGUUCCCUGCUAGCCUCCUGGUCCUCCUGAUGAUCCUGCUGCUACCUCACGCCUCGUCGGGUCGCCAGGGGCAGGAGGAUGCCGACCAGGCCCGUGUUGGCCCGUCAGAGCCAGAGGCGGUGCCGGCGCUGGACCCAACGCUGGCCCAGACCAUCCAGAAUCUGCUGUUGAGCCGCCUGGGCCUGCAGUCGCACCCCGACCCCCGGCCCGGUGCCGCCGUGCCCCAGUAUCUGCUGGACCUGUAUCGGUUCCACUCGGAGCAGUACCACCUCAUCCAAGAUCCGCACUUCAGCUACCCCAGCCAGCAUGCGCAGGGGGCCAACACCGUACGCAGCUUCCAGCACACAGAGACCAGAGAUUCUGAGGGAGACACAUCCGAGGCAGAUCGUGUUCUCAUCUCCUUCAAUGUGUCAUCCAUCCCUGAGGACGAGAGCAUUGUGUCGGCGGAACUCCGGUUCCUGCACGGGCCCCUGGACGGCAAGGACUCCCACAGGGUCAGUCUGUACCUCUCCGAGGGUCACACGGACCCCCGGCCCCGCCUGCUGGAGACCCGCCGUUUGACCUCGCAGGACGCCCAGCGCCGCUCGGCCUCCUGGGAAACCUUCAGCUUAGCCAGUCAGCUGUUCAUGCAGGAGGUGCUGAGCGGGCGGCCAGGGAGUCUGACCUUCCUACUGGAGGUCACCACAGAAGAUCCUGCCGACAAUGCCACACGGAAGAUUCCAGAGGGUACCGGACUGUCUGGAGUGAAGGGGGACGCUAAGCAGGGCCCCCUGAGGGUAAGACGGGCGGCUGGCCAGGACGAGCACAGCUGGGUGCACCAGCGCCCCCUGUUGGUGACGUACAGUCAUGACGGGCGUGGACAGCCACUGGUCCCCCAUGGUAAGAGGAUCCCCCCAGGAGUGCGGGGGUCCAGAGGAGGGGCUGGAAGAAAGGGUUCCAGUCGCGGGGGAAAGGGGGGACGCAACCGUGAACGCAGCCGGGAGAGAGACCGCGACCGCGACCGCGACCGGGAGCGAGAUCGCGACCGCGACCGGGAGCGAGAUCGCGACCUCUACCCCCAACGUUCCCCUUAUCACUCCCCGGAGUUGGACUGGUGGUCGGAGCGUCGCGUGAAACGCAACGGCCGGCGCGCGGCCAAGCUGAAGCACCUGUCGCGUGCCCGCUGCCGCCGCCACCCCCUCUACGUGGACUUCAAGGACGUGGGCUGGAACAAGUGGAUCGUGGCGCCCAGUGGCUACGACGCCUUCUUCUGCCUGGGCGAGUGCCGCUUCCCACUGGCUGACCACAUGAACUCGUCCAGCCACGCCAUGGUGCAGACGCUGGUCAACUCGGUGAACGGCGCCGUGCCCAAAGCCUGCUGCGUGCCCACCGCCCUUAGUCCCAUCGCCAUGCUUUACCUGGACCAGCACGAGCGUGUCGUGCUCAAGAACUACCAGGACAUGGUGGUGGAGGGCUGCGGCUGCCGGUAGCGGGAAAGGAAGGAAGGAAGGAAGGAAGGAGUGAUCGAGUGGAGGGAGGGAUGCAUGAAGGAAAGAAAAGAAGACGUGAGGGUGAGAUGAGGAAAGAGGUUAACAUGAAGAAUGAGACUGAGAGAGUGUUUGAGGGCAUAGAUGACCAACUUGGAAAAAAAAAGAUUUACUGAAGAGGAGAAAGAGAGAGAGGAAAGUCAAAGAGUCUCCUCAAAGGGACCAAACGUAUUGGAAUGCAGAGUUCCCACCUCAAUGACCAAGUCUUCCCACAAUCCCCUGCCUCCUGUUUCCUGUGACUUUGCCAUCCCAAAGAUUCACCUUUGAUCAAACAGCAAGAAAACUCACCUCACCUCUCUCUCUCUCUCUCUCUCUUUCUCUCCCACUCUCCCUCUUUCUCCUAUCCUACCUUCCAGUCCAACGGCCUCCAGUAUAGCCUCCAUCAGUGCCCUGUGUGUGUGUUGCGGUGAGAUCAGUGUUUGCGUUGCCUUGUAUGCUGUGCUCUACUGCCACUCUGAACUUCCUCCCUCCCCUGGCUCGUCUCACACCAGCAUCACGCCAGUCUCACUGGAGACCUCAGCUGUUUCAAACUGCUUAUUAGUCCUAUAGCCCUGGGCCUUACGAGAGGAAAACGAACAAACAAACAAACAAACAAACAAACAAACAAACAAAAAACAUAAACAGGAAACAAAACAACAAAUGGCUGCUGAUGACUGGAGUGGAAAAUAUCUGCCUGCUUGAAGGACAGUUCACUGUGUUGCUGUUCCAGGAAAAAGUAGGUUAAAACCUCACAAGAACAAGAACAAAGAAACAAACAAAUAAACAAAAAAUAAAUGACUGUCAGCAGCAAGCUUCAUGUUAUUCGAUAUUUAAAACCACAACAAUAAUACUGGGAACAGACUAAGCUGUUGUUUAAGUGUACAGUAGCUAUUGUUAUUAUUUAAAGAUACUGUUUUUGUUGUUGAUGAUGAUGAUGAUGAUGAUGAUGUUGAUAUCGUAAUCUUUUGCAGUCAAAGAAUUCACAUUGCUUAAAAAAAUUUAUCAAGAUAAAUACUUAAAGCUAUUUCUUUUUAAAAGUUGUCUUAAGAGUAAAUCUAAUUUAAAAGUCUUUACAAAUUCAUUUAUGUAUUUAAAUAUCAAAUAUGGUGUAUGUAAUCCUGUAUUGAAGAUGUCUGUCUCACAAAGCCUUACUGACGUGCACAGCUUGUCCAGUUUUGCAAGUGACAGCCCUGCAACACACACACACACAUCCAACCAAAAGUCAUAGUGAGUCAUAGUGACUUCGCACUCUUAUUAUCUGACAUACCACUAGUGUGCAUGUGUUCAUACGCAUUUCAUCUAGUUUGAGAUGGCCGCCAUUGUGUGUCCAUGGAAACUAUAAAGCUAAGGCAACCCAGCCAUAGAAAACAUCACUCAUUUAGCUGUGAUUGUCUUGUAGCUUUUGAGACUGUAAUCUAUUCAUCUCUCUGGCACUUUACCAUCAUGUCGUCACGCAAUGAAACUAACUAAAGUGUGACUAAAGUGAAGAUAAAAACACAACUGAGUUAAAAAUAUAUAUAUAUUCUGGUGGUAUGUCAACAACAACUCGUAAAAAAAGGGAUCAUUUAAACCACAGUCUAUAAACAGUCGACGUUUGACGUUGUCUAAACAUUAUGUGAUGUGUAAUAAACUAAAUCAAGCAAGCA